CUUUCUUUUGCACACGCACCCCCUCUCUCUCUCUCUCUCUGCCGUUAUAUAUAAUUCCCCAUUACAUGUUUCCUUUCCUUGCUUAUCAGUUUACGCUUUCUCUUCACUUCUCUAUCUCUGUAUCUGUGAUUAUAAUAUCUUUUCAGACACUGCUACAAAACUGAGUGCCUGUUUGCCGCCGCCAUGACAGCCCUUUUCCUCUCUUUCUCUCUCUCCCUCUUUCUCUCCGCUUUCAUCCUGGCAGAUUCCCAAUCAUUCAUCGGCAUCAACUACGGCCAAGUUGCCGACAACCUUCCACCACCGGAGGCCACCGCGAGUCUGCUCAAGUCCACUUCCAUCGGAAAAGUCAGGCUCUAUGGCGCGGACCCCUCCAUCAUCAAGGCCCUCGCCAACACCGGAAUCGGCAUCGUCAUCGGCACCGCCAACGGCGACAUCCCGGCGCUGGCGUCCGAUCCCAACUCGGCGAUCCAGUGGGUGAACUCGAACGUCCUGCCCUACUACCCGGCGAGCAACAUCAUCCUCAUCACCGUCGGCAACGAGGUCAUAACCUCCAUGGACCAGGGCUUGAUUUCUCAGCUCCUUCCCGCCAUGAAGAAUAUCCAAAACGCUCUCAACUCGGUCUCGCUGGGUGGGAAGGUGAAGGUCUCGUCAGUUCAUUCCAUGGCCGUGUUAUCUCAAUCGGACCCGCCCUCGUCCGGAUCAUUCAGUCCCGGUUUCCAGGACGCGCUCAAGGGCCUGUUGGAGUUCCAGAGGGAUAAUGGCUCCCCCUUUGCCAUCAAUCCUUACCCCUUCUUCGCCUACCAGAGCGAUUCCAGGCCUGAAACGCUCGCAUUUUGCCUGUUCCAGCCCAACGCGGGGCGAGUCGACUCAGGAAAUGGGAUAAAGUACAUGAACAUGUUCGAUGCCCAGGUAGAUGCUGUGCGGUCUGCUUUGAAUGCAAUGGGAUUCAAGGACAUUGAGAUUUUGAUUGCUGAGACGGGUUGGCCAUACAGUGGGGACAGCAAUGAAGUCGGACCCAGUGUUGAUAAUGCAAGGGCCUACAAUGGGAACUUGAUUGCACACCUUAGAUCGAUGACUGGGACUCCUUUAAUGCCUGGAAAAUCUGUGGAUACAUAUAUCUUUGCACUCUAUGAUGAGAAUUUAAAACCAGGACCAGGCUCUGAACGUGCAUUUGGACUUUUCAAGCCUGAUCUUACCAUGACCUAUGAUGUUGGUCUUUCAAAGAGUAGCCAGACUCCAUCAGCAAACCCAGCGAAUCCAUCGCCUAAGCCGACAAAAUCGGGCUGGUGCCUUCCUAAGGCUGGUGUUUCUGAUGCACAACUGCAGGCAAAUCUUGACUAUGCCUGUGGCCAUGGUAUUGAUUGUAGCUCCAUCCAACCGGGAGGCGCCUGCUUUGAACCAAACACUGUAUCAGCACAUGCUGCAUAUGCCAUGAAUCUCUAUUACCAAACUGUUGGAAAGAAUCCAAUUAACUGCGACUUUUCACAAACGGCAACUGUCACAUCCAAAAAUCCUAGUUACAAUGCUUGCAUUUAUCCUGGUGGGAGUACCUGAAAGGAAGCCUAAUCUCAUUAGAUAUUUAUAAGAACAGAAAUUAUUUUUGUUGGUCCAAUAAUAUUCGGGUGUGACUUUUCCUACUUCUAUCUUGUAAUUUGCAAAGGGUACUUGUAACUUCGAACUCCUCCUACUUUGAUGUAUUCGAGACUGUAGUUCUCUGUGUCUGUGGGACGCAAGGUUUGAUCUUUUUUGAUCUGAUGGAGUAGUGAACCUCAUAAAGUCAGUGGGGGCAAUAAUUCCUGCCAUCAGCACUGUGAAUGUUCCUAAACCUUCAAUAAUUUUGCAUGUCCAUA